UGGCAGAAUUUACGGGUCGCAAGAAACGGCGGUUUACAGGUUUUCAUUUACUGCAACAGAGCAAGUCGUCAAGGCUACGUCAGAUUCCUAGGCUCCUUAUCCUUUCCUUCUAUGUAAAGGAUCUUCUCCUUAUUUGCUUCCUUCACUCUUUUCAGUUUGGGAAUAUCGAAAGAGCCCAAGAAGAGCGACUGAAAAGAAAAAAACCGAUGGGAUCCGUGGAGGAAGACAGAGCACUAUUGGAGGAUUGUCUUAUUCAGAAUGAAGGCAGUGGACUGUAUACUGGAGAUGGCUCUGUUGAUUUUCAUGGGAAGCCGGUUCUGAAGAGGAGCACUGGAAACUGGAAAGCAUGCCCUUUCAUUUUGGGUACUGAAUGUUGUGAACGUCUGGCCUACUAUGGGAUUGCGACAAAUCUUGUUUCUUAUCUUACGAAGAAGCUAAAUGAAGGAAACGUGUCGGCUGCAAGAAAUGUUACCACCUGGCAAGGCACUUGCUAUCUUACCCCUCUCAUUGGAGCCGUCUUAGCAGAUGCUUAUUGGGGAAGAUAUUGGACAAUAGCUGCUUUCUCUACAAUUUACUUAAUGGGGAUGUGUACAUUGACCCUAUCAGCGUCAGUUCCUGCAUUGAAGCCUGUUGAAUGCUUGGAUUCUGUUUGCCCUUCAGCUACUCCAGCUCAAUAUGCAGUAUUCUUCUUUGGGCUGUAUCUAAUUGCACUGGGGACUGGUGGCAUCAAACCCUGUGUUUCCUCUUUUGGGGCAGAUCAGUUCGAUGAUACGGAUCCUAAAGAACGAGUAAGCAAGGGAUCAUUUUUCAACUGGUUUUACUUUUCUAUCAACAUUGGUGCUCUUAUCUCCAGUAGUUUUCUGGUAUGGAUUCAAGACAAUGCUGGUUGGGGCCUAGGGUUUGGCAUUCCCGCACUGUUCAUGGGAAUCGCAAUUGCUAGUUUCUUUUCUGGCACACCCCUCUACAGAUUUCAGAAACCCGGGGGAAGUCCUCUUACAAGGAUGUGUCAGGUUCUGGUUGCAUCAUUUCGGAAGUGGAAUCAGAAGGUCCCCGAGGACAGUAGUCUCCUGUAUGAAACACAGAGCUCAGCCAUCGAAGGAAGUCGGAAAAUAGAGCACAGUGAUGAGCUGAAGUGUCUUGAUAAAGCUGCUGUACUCUCGGAUAAUGAGAUCAAAAGUGGGGACUUCUCUGACCCAUGGAAGUUAUGCACUGUGACACAGGUGGAGGAAAUGAAGAUUUUGAUUCGCAUGUUUCCAAUUUGGGCUACUGGAAUUGUUUUUUCUGCUGUGUAUGCGCAAAUGUCUACUAUGUUUGUUGAACAAGGGACAAUGAUGGACACAAGAGUUGGUUCUUUCACUAUUCCUCCUGCCUCUCUCUCAACUUUUGAUGUUAUCAGUGUUAUUUUCUGGGUGCCUGUUUAUGAUAGGAUCAUUGUCCCAGUUGCAAGGAAAUUUACACGGAAGGAAAGAGGCUUCUCUGAGUUGCAACGAAUGGGAAUUGGCCUCUUUCUUUCAGUUCUAUGCAUGUCAGCUGCUGCUUUGGUGGAAAUUGUGCGAUUGCAGCUUGCACGUUCGUUAGGUUUGGUUGAUGAGGCUGUUCCGGUACCUCUUAAUAUCUUUUGGCAGGUACCUCAAUAUAUGUUGUUGGGUGCUGCAGAGGUAUUUACGUUCAUUGGGCAGCUGGAGUUCUUCUAUGACCAAUCUCCAGAUGCAAUGAGGAGUUUGUGCAGCGCAUUGUCGCUUCUGACAACCGCCUUAGGGAAUUAUUUGAGCUCUUUUAUUCUGACCGUUGUAACUUACUUCACAACUAGGGGUGGAAAUUCAGGAUGGAUCCCGGAUAACUUGAAUGAGGGCCAUCUGGAUUACUUUUUCUGGCUUCUGGCUGGCCUCAGCUUCUUAAACAUGAUAGUUUACACUGCCUGCGCUAGUAAAUAUAAGCAUAAGAAGACCUCUUAAGGUUAAUCUGAGAGGAAGGUGCUAUAGUUGGUCCUGAUAAUGGUUUCGUCACGACAAUUGAUUGUAUAUAAGGGUUGCCUGUUUUACAAAGAUAAAGUUUCAUUUCAGGUUCAAAGGAUUAUGUGUAUUUUAUAACAUUCAUUUGCUUGGUAUUCGUGGAUUGUUAUUUGUCGAUGUACACGGACACAUUUUAUCAGACAUUGUCAUAGUGCAUCUCUGUUCAGAUAUUUCAUCUAA